AUGACCUACCUCCUUCUGCCCCCACACCCGACGUCGACCUACGAUGUACCUCGUUCGCCUUCCCCUUCGCCCUCGCCGAUAUUCCCAACGGUCCCAAACCAGGGAAAAUUGGAAGAUCCACUAGAGCUACCAUCGCCCAAUCUGGAAUAUCCAUUCCUCAAAGAUGGGUUAGAAGUCUCUUUCGUUAUUCAACACCAGGAGGAAGAGGAAGAGAAAAGCAUUUCGGAUCUGGAUUUCGGUUUUGGAAGUUGUCAUGGAAGGUACGUGUUAAGGCUUGGUUACAUGUAA